CCUGAGGCUCAAGUGUGGCAGGGCAGCAAGAAAAGAGACCAAAGCUAAAUAUCUCUAAGUCUUAAGGUGGACCACACAGCGAGCUCUGCGCUAGGCUGAUGGAUUUGCUCACCAAAGCCUGUCCAGUGUUUGCUGAGAUCAACUGUUCUGUCCUCAACUGUAGAGUGUGACCGUGUUAGCUGGACUCUGGUUGGAUGUACAGCGUUACAUGAUGUACGCGGCUGGAGCUCAGGCACCAAGAAGGGAUCCAUGUGCAACACUCGUGGACUAAAGUGAGGAAUUAUUAACAGCUGGAAAAACUCUUCUGGAAAAACCAAGAAAACCUGCCCUGGUUCAUUUUUUCCCCCCUAGUUUGUUACAGAAAACUAGACGGGGUAAUAAAUGAACCCACACCACGAGGGAUCACCACCACGUCUCAUCGUAACAAACAAUGUUCCAGGAGAACCAUCUGACUGCAACACUCCUGGCCUCCGUCCUGGCUACAGUCCUGGGCUCUCUGCAGAUUGGCUACCACACUGGGAACGUCAACGCUCCAGCCAAGAUCAUUGAAGAGUUUUUCAACAAAACCUGGACAACCAGACACAACCAAUCGAUGCCUGAUCACAGCCUGACUCUGCUGUGGUCUCUUUCUGUCAGCUUUAAGGACUUUGGAGCUCUGCUGGGGUCACUGGGGGUCAAAUACCUGGCAGAUUCUUAUGGCAGGCGUAACUCUAUCUUGAUUGUCAACAGUCUGUCUGUGGCCGGAGCGUGCUCAAUGUUUGCCUCCAAAGCCAGCGAGUUGUUUGAGGUUCUCAUCCUGGGACGGUUCAUUUUUGGUCUGUUCUGUGGUUUGGCGAUGAGCCUCAACCCUCUAUACAUCCAGGAAGUAUCCCCUACCAGUCUGAGAGGGGCCUUUGCCACACUGAACCAGGUGUCUUUUGCCUCUGGCACCCUGGUUGGGAUGGUGGUUGGUCUGGAGACGGUGCUGGGCACAGAGAAUUACUGGGCGGUGAUGUUGUCCUUGUCUCUGAUCCCAGCUGUUAUACAGUAUCUGGUCCUGCCUUUCUGCCCCGAAAGUCCUCGGUAUCUGCUCCUAAACCGGGGAGAGGCGAGCAAAGCAGAAGCUGCCCUCCUGAGGCUGAGAUGUAGUGCAGACUGGGUGUCUCGUGAGCUGAAGGAGAUGGAAGAGGAGGCAACACACACUCAGGGCGGCCUCACCGUCUGCGACUUCUUCAACAAAAGGAGUUACCGACAGCCAAUCAUCAUUAUUUUUGCCAUCACAUUGGGAAGCCAGCUGUCUGGCUUUAAUGCGAUAAUAAACUAUUCCACCAGAAUGUUCCAGGCCAAGUUUCAUAGAGCCAAAUAUCUGACUCUGGGAGUGGGAGUCGUUAAUGUGACCUUCACUUUAGUGGCAUUCUUCCUGAUGGAAAGGGCGGGGAGGAGGAAGCUGCUGCUGACGGGUUUUUUGUCCAUCGCAGUGAGCAACUUACUUCUGACCACAGUGGAUUCUGUCCUGUACCUGGUCCCAGAUCUGCUGAGUCUUCAGGUGCUGCUGGUUUUCAGUGUGAUCUCAGCCUACGAGCUGGGUCCUGGUCCCAUCUCCUGGUUCAUUGCUGCUGAGCUGUUCGACCAGCCGGGCAGACCCAUCGCCAUGAGCUUCACCAGCAUGCUCAACUGGGGAGGGAAGUUUGUACUGGCGCUCCUCUUUCCUCCAUUACUGAAAAGCUGUGGUGCUUAUGUCUACCUCCUCUUUAUGGCCGUGGCUCUGCUUGCCUUCACCCUGACGUGGCUUCUCCUCCCAGAGACUAAAGGACGGACAUUUGAUGACAUCACAGAGGAGUUCAGAGGAGCAGAGGGAAUCCCUUUGCACAACAGCACUGGAUUCAACACUUUCAACUGAAGAGCCUGUUGUUUAAAUCUGAAAGCAGGAAAUGCAGUCAAGAGAAAACAUCUGGAAGUGCACUAACUGGAGGGGUGUGUUUGUUGCAAGUUACAGAGCGUGUAGAGUUUUAAAAGUCAUUAAAGUGAAUCCUUUUGGACCUGGUCACCUUGAUAA